AUGCUCAUCAAUACCAUGGCGCUCUACGCCCUUCUAAGCAUAUAUAUUGCUCUCGCCAGUUCCGUUUCUCACCAUAAAGGGAAAGCUUCUACUUUAUCGUCUCUUCAAAAAUACAUCUGUAGAGCUGGUGACUACAACAACGGCACUCUCUACGGAACAGUAAGCCAGGACAGAGCCAUUGGCUACAUUCGCGAGGCCAAGACCAAAAAAGGCCGCAGUGGCUACCCCAAGAAGUUUAACAACAAUGGAAACAUCAUGAAGUUCCCUAAAGGAUGCUCUAGAGAUAUCUGGGAGUUGCCCCUGCUUCCGAACGGCAAGCCAUAUCAUUUCACAAACAAAAAGAGCUAUAGCAACCCCGAAUAUAUUCGCGUGUACUACACGAAGAAUCUCAAGUUCUGCGGCAUCGGUGCUAAGAGAGUUCGCAGCACAACGAUAAGGAACAACUUUCCCCACAAUUGCCAGCUGCAAUAG